AUGGAGGGUCUGAUCGUAAACUUAUCACAGAAGGAGUGGGUAAUUGGAUAUGCAAUCACUGAUGGAGCUGGACAAUGUGGGCGAGCACACCGUAUUUUAGCUCUGCGGUGGCCAAAUAUCUACUUCGGCAAAUGCUUUGCCCACGACAUUAACAAUCUGGUCAAAGCAGUUCUGAAAACUCUAAGUUUCUGCAAGGUUGCGGACGAAGCAUCAUCCGCCGUGAAUGCGCUAAACGCUUCUUCUUCUAAGUGGCUACCGCGGAUGGAACUCGAUGCAAGGUUGCUUGGCUUCACUGCUCCGAGUUAA